UUGUUAUUGAAAUAUAUUGGUACCAAAAUGAAACAUAUGAGGUUCCUGAUAGUGACCUUUAUUGCACUCUUUGUUGCAGGAUCAGUAGCUAAACCUAUCUUGUUACAACAGACCAAACCAGACUCCCUAGCAGUCUUAGACAAUUGCUUGUGGUUUGUUGGUGAUUUAUUCACUGCGUCUUGGAAAUCAAUCGUGAGCCUAGUAACCCUCAACUUCUCAGAAUGGGUCAAAAACUUAGAAGAUAUAGCCCUCAAUAUUUUCAUGAUCCUGAUCAACUGUGUGGCUUAUCCCAACUAAUUGAUCCAUACAAUACUUCAUCAGCUAAAAUUUACAAAUUUUAUAAAUAUUA